AUGAUCUUCGUCAUCGGCGGCUACUUCUUGACCCACGAACAGCUGUCCACCUUCGGUGCCAGGCGUGGUCUCGACAUCCCUAAUGGCGAAGCAUACAUCCUGAACAGCCACCUGCUCUCCAGGGGCAUCAGAUCCUGUACUGCAGUCCCUGUGGCGUUGCCUCAGAAGGACUCUGCAGAGCCCAUCGUUGUCGGGACUUUGAUUACUACUCACCAGCGAGAAGACCGAGCGGAGCGUUUCCGUGAUUGCAUUCGGUUUGUUGAAAAUGACGAUGAUUUGAAGAUCAAGCGCUGGCUGCAGCGACAUGGGGUGUCGGAGCCUGUGUUCGAGACAGUUCCUGACCCGUUUGGGAAGUUCAACGAGGAUGGUGUAAUGCAAGACUAG